AGAGUAAUGUCAUAUUCUCUUUUCACACAAUUAUUGUUUAAACUAAAAUUAUUCAUUUAUUCUUACAGUAAUUAUAAAUGAAUUUUAUUUCUUCUUAAAUUUUUAUUCAUAUAAAAAGAACAGAUUUCAUGAAGUUUAUAGAUACAAUUCCAGGAAAAUGACCACAAUUUGCCCCCUCCCUCAAUUCCCCCUCUGGCUUUCUUUUUUCUUUAAUUUUUUGCAAUAACAAUUAAAAUGUACUUUAUAAUCACAGAUUUAAUGCACCAGUAAUGACAAUGUUCAACAAGUAAAAAAUAGGAAAACCAUUAUUCCACAAGAAGAUAGAGAAGGUCAUAAACAAUGAAUAUAUCAAAUGUCAAUUUCAUUUUUAUGCAUUUUGUUUGUUGUAUCCUACAUUAACUCCAACAUAUAAGAGAAAACAUGCAUUACCUUUUUUGUCACUGGCUUAUUUCACUAAGCAUAAUGGACUCUAGUUGCAUCCAUUUUGUUGUAAAAGUUGGGAUUGCAUUCUUUUUUAUGACUGAGUAGUACUCCAUUGUGUAUAUAUGCCCUAUUUUUAUUUCAUAAUAUUUCUUUUUUAAAAAGAUUUAUUUCUUUAUUUGAAAGGCAGAAUUACAGAGAGGCAGGGAGAAGUCUUCCUUCUGCUGCUUAACUCCCCAGAUGGCUGCAAUGGCCGGAGCUGUGUCAAUCUGAAGCCAGGAGCCAGGAGCUUCUUCCAUGUCUCCAAUGUGGGUGUAGGGGCCUAAGGACUUGGGCCAUCUUCUACAGUUUUCUCAGGCUGUAGCAGAGAGCUGUAUUGGAAAUGGGGCAGCUGGGACUCAAACCAGCACCCAUAUGGGAUGCAGGCAUUGAAGGCAUUGUCUUUACUCACUGCACCACAGCACCAGCCCCUCAUAAUAUUUCUAACUCUUUAGUUUUGUCUUUGAUAUUAUGUGUUUUAUCUAUGUAUCACUAAUAACCUUUUUCAAUAUGAGGUCAUCAUUUAUAUCAAAACUGUAAAUGUCCCUGCAAUCUUCAUUUACACAAAUCUUAAAGCCAUCUUAGGUCCCACCAGUUAUUCACCUCUUCUUGAUGACAUUUUUUUAAAAAAUGUUUUCUCAAUUAUUGGGGGACUUUGAAUUUUCCUAUGAUUUUUAAACUACCCAAUUGGGUAGUUUAAAAAAUCCAUGUACCAUCAUCUUUCAUUUAUGAUUAUUCUCAAAGAAAUGGGAUUGUUUUACCUUCUCUUUAUUUCCCAUUUUAAAUGUAAUUUUAAUUAUGUAUUUUUCAGCAACUGCCCUUACAAUUGUUUGUCAUUCUAUUAUUACUCUUACCAGAUUACUCAUUUAUUCACACAUAAUAAUCCCUAAGUUAUCAUGCAUACAUAUUUUCAUAAUAAUCUUAAGCCUUCUGAUAAUUCACUGUUUUCAGUAAUAUAUUUUUGCUUGUUCUCAAUAUUUAUAAGAUUUUGCUUUCUAAGAGUUUCAACAGGAGGAUUGUGCCGCAUCUUCCUGAAGAAGGUUAAGGACAAAAAGAUGCACCUGGAGUUUGCCUGGAGCCCUCUGCACAUCUAAGCUCGGGUGGGAUCUGGGGUCCUUCGCUGGAAGCCGCUCUUGCUGAAUGCAAAUAGAAACCAGGCCAGCCCUCCUCAGUGGACAGUUGGUUACCUAGCAGAGGUGUCUCCUACUGAAGGUAUCCUUGGCGAUACUCUAAGCCAUAAAAAGACAACUUGCACCCGUUUGUCUGACAUCUACCCUGUCAAGUGUCCAUGAUGCUGGGUCCCGAGGGAGGUAAAGGCUUUGUGGUCAAGCUCCGUGGCUUGCCCUGCUCCUGCUCUAUUGAGGACGUGCAGAACUUCCUGUCUGACUGCAUGAUUCACGAUGGGGCUGCAGGCGUUCAUUUUAUCUACACUAGAGAAGGCAGGCAGAGUGGUGAGGCAUUUGUCGAACUUGAAUCAGAAGAUGAUGUCAAAAUGGCCCUGAAAAAAGACAGGUAAAGCAUGGGGCACCGGUACAUUGAGGUGUUCAAGUCUCACAGAACUGAGAUGGAUUGGGUGUUGAAGCACAGCGGUCCAAACAGCGCUGACACCACUAAUGAUGGCUUCGUGCGGCUUCGAGAACUCCCGUUUGGAUGCACAAGGGAAGAAAUUGUUCAGUUUUUCUCAGGGUUGGAAAUCAUGCCAAAUGGGAUCACUUUGCCUGUGGACCCCGAGGGCAAGAUUACAGGGGAGGCCUUCGUGCAGUUUGCCUCUCAGGAGCUGGCAGAGAAGGUGCUAGGGAAGCACAAGGAGAGAAUAGGGCACAGACAUAUUGAGGUAUUUAAGAGCAGUCAGGAAGAAGUGAGGUCAUACUCAGAUCCUCCUCUGAAGUUCAUGUCUGUUCAGCGACCCGGGCCCUAUGACAGGCCUGGCACAGCCUGGAGGUAUAUUGGCAUUGUGAAGCAGGCAGGCUUGGAGAGAAUGUGGCCUGGCACCUACAGCGCUGGCUAUGGGGGCUAUGAGGAGUACAGUGGCCUCAGCGAUGGCUACGGCUUCACCACUGAUCUGUUUGGGAGAGACCUCAGCUACUGCCUCUCAGGAAUGUACGACCACAGAUAUGGAGACAGCGAGUUCGCAGUGCAGAGCACCACCAGCCACUGCGUCCACAUGAGAGGGCUGCCAUACAAAGCGACAGAGAACGACAUCUACAACUUCUUCUCUCCACUUAACCCAGUGGGAGUCCAUAUUGAGAUCUGCCCAGAUGGAAGAGUGACGGGUGAAGCUGAUGUGGGGUUUGCCACCCACGAAGAAGCUGUGGCAGCGAUGUUGAAAGAUAGGGCCAAUAUGCAGCACAGAUACAUAGAACUCUUCUUGAAUUCCACCACAGGGACCAGCAACGGGGCCUACAGCAGCCAGGUGAUGCAGGGCAUGGGGGUGUCCGCGGCUCAGGCCACCUACAGUGGCCUGGAGAGCCAGUCAGUGAGCGGUUGUUAUGGCACUGGCUAUAGUGGUCAGAAUAGCAUGGAUGGAUAUGAUUAGUUUUGUAGAAGCAUUUGAGUUAAUUUCAAUCAAAUUUUCAGAGGCAGCCAGCAAGCAGUGAAAAAGCAGUGAUUACCCUAGAGGAAGCUGUGGGACCCAUUUUGCACCAUGAGUUUGUGAAAUCUGGAUUAAAAAAUUACCUCUUCAGUGUUUUCUCAUGCAAACUUUUCUUCUAGCAUGUGAUAUUGAGUAAAGGAAACUAUUUUCUGCUUUUCUCGAGUAACAUUUUAGUAGUAUCCUUCUGAGUGAUGUUAUCUGAGUUAAAGUAGUUUAAGUAUGCUAAAUAGUGGAUCUUUUACACCACACCACAGUGAACACCUUGGGGAGAUGUACUUUUGUGGAAAACUCAAAGGUGCUAGAUCCCUAAUUCAAAGAGAAACAUUUCUCAUGUUUGUUCAUUCUAGUUUCUAUUUUCAUUUAAAUCUGUUAGGUUAAGUUUAAGCUUUUUAAAAGUUAGUUUUGAGAAUUGAGACACAAUACUAAUACUGUAGGAAUUGGUGAGGCCUUGACUUAAAACUUUCUUUGUACUGUGAUUUCCUUUGGGGUGUAUUUUGCUAAGUGAAACUUGUUAAAUUUUUUGUUAACUAAAUUUUUUUCUUAAAAUAAAGACUUUUUCACAAUAAAAAAAA